GCCACUCCAAUAAAGGCACUAGUGGAGGAUACAACAACGAAAAAGGAGGUGGUUACAAGAGUAGAGGAAACCAAAGGGAUAAUAGGUACAAUCAAGUACCUGUUGACUAUGGCCCCGCACAACCUGGCGCGGCUCCACCAGCGAGUUACUCGGGGCAAGGGCAAGCCCCGCAGAAUUUUUAUGGCUGAUGGGUUCAUGAAGAUCAAAUUGAUACUUAGGAAGUGGUCUACUAGUGAUCCUUGCCAUCUGAUGGAAAUAUGCCUUGCCUUUUCGACUCGCAAACUCAGUUAUUACCAAUUGAUUUACUACUAGUUGUUCAGACAUAAUGCAUUUUUGUUUUUCAUUGCUUCACGUCUUCAAAAUAAUUGUAAGAUGGACUUCAAAUUCAAUUAUUGUUGUUCUAAUUUUCCCUGAGUUCCCGGCACAAUUCGCGGAAUGGAGUGGAGCAGUCGAGUCCUAGUUCUUCCUCUGGCGAGUUCCAGUAUGGAGGUAGCCGCUCUUUAGCUUCUUCCCCAGGCAGUGGCGGAGGACCUCAACUGGGCAACAUUCCACCAGGCAGCACAGUGAUUCCAAUAAUAGCAUCUAGUGGAACUUCUGUGAUUCCUCACCAGCGAGCUUUUGGUGGGCAUGGUUUAGAAGUGAUAGGAUCUUCUUCCG